AAAUGUCAUGCGACAGAUGUCAGUAUGUCAAUCGAAGAAUGACAUAUGAAUGACAUAUUCGUAAUAAUAACCUCAAACGAUGUAAAGUAUUUGUGUUUAUUUUCGCAAUACUUGUUAAAUGAUGUUAUUUGAAUAAAAAUACCAGAAUAUAACUUAACCAAUAACUAACUAACGCCACCUGAGAUGGGUGCUUUAGUGUCUAGAGCUUUACGUCCUCUAAAAUCUUUCAACAUAGAAAACCGGGCUCACCGGGUUAUAUCUAAAGAAAAACCAGAAGUGGCGCCGAGAUAUCCUUCGACAAUCGAAGAAUUGAAAAGGGUUCAAGAGCUCGACCCGGAAAUUGACUCAAAACUCGAUAGAAAAGAUCCAGAACUAGACCUACGUUUGAAAGACGUUUAUGUAACUUCUCACGGAAGACCAGAAGACGAUGUGACAAGGGAGAAGAAAGAACAAAGACCUGACCGACCGUUGCCCCAAAAUCGCGAUGCGGUUCCCGAUUUCGACUUUGGUUUAAUGGAACCAACGAAAGUUCCUUAUGGAAAAACAACCUUAAGACAUGCAAUAGAUUUCAUUUCAGCUCAUCAAGUCAAUCCCGACGAAGUUACGGUGUCUAAGAUAGCAUACGAGUAUAAAAUGAAAGAGGAAGAUGUAGAAAAUAUUCUAAAAUAUUUCAAAACAUAUGAAAUUUAUGUUCCAGCUACAAAAGAAGCUCCCGCAUUGUACGCUGGACCAAGUAAGUUAAGGGAACAACUAUAUAAACCUAAAGUAAAAGGAAUUGAAGAUAAAAAGAGUUCCAAAGAAAACAAACAAGAGCAAAUUAAGAAUAUAUCGAGUUAAUUCAACGAUAGCUAAUUAAUGACUUACCUCAGUCUUUUGUUACCGAAAUUUUGUUGUUACUUAGGAAUUAUAUUUAUAAUAUUUUUAUAUAGACGGGAUAUGAAUUGUAACAUAUUUGUUUGAUUUAAAUUUUUACUAGCCUCAGAAGAUGAGUUAAAUAAAAGUAGAAAUUGCAGAGCAUAAUUUUAAUUUCCUUUGUUAUUUAGAUAGGCAAGACAUACUUUAUGUAUUUGAUAAUGUAACUUAGAUGUAGUAAUAAAUAAAUAAAAAUUGUUGCCACAUGGCUUUUAAUGUUAAA